AUGAAAAUCAUUUCCAUGAUAUUUACUACAGCAAGCGAUAGUCUGAACUUUACUCAUAGCCUUUUAAUGGCUUUUAGUGACCUUGAAAAGCGAAAACAUAAACAUUUUUUUAGAAAAUUCGUUGCACUGACGCGCACGCCAACAUUUUUAAAAACCCUUUGGAGCAUCCUUAUCUGUUAUUGUCUCCUCUGUACAUUUUGUUUGAUUUUAUCUGUUUCAUUCUAAUAUUGGGUUUCUUGCAUAGUCAGUAGUGUUCAGCUUAAAAUUGUGUAAAUAUUGAAACACAGUCAUUUCUAAUUAACGUUUUCCAAGUAAUUAAUACAUGAUGAAAUUGAUACACCAUAUAUUUCCAAGAAAUCGGAUUCUGAGAAUAGAAAAAAUAUCUCGGGCUUCUCGGAAAAAAAAAAAAGUUGCUUUCGACACCUGUCCUUUUGUUUGACUCACUUGGAUUAAGAUGUCGUCGAAGCGUAACUCAGAGAAAGAUCUACCCGGCUUUGAAGCCUUAGAUGAAGUAAAUAAACACAUCAAAGACGCUUUCGACAUUCUGAAUCGUGAGACGAAAAAGCUUCGCAAGGAAAGAAAUGCGUUUGACGAGGUGGCAAAGAAGCUCGAGAAUGUUCAUUUCUCGACCAUGCUGAAACUCAACGUCGGAGGCCAUUUUUUCUCCACAAGUUUGGCGACUAUGACUAAAGAUCCAGGUACUUUGAAGCAAGUUUUGAAUUUUGAACUAAGGAUUGAGAUCUAGCUGGUUGAUAAACUGUACAAAGUUCGCCUCCACUCAAUUUUUUAUCCAUAAAUAUAAAUCCUACUUGCGUCCGCAGCUGUUUUAGUUGUUGAGAGAAUUCGAUUUUAAAGUCCAUUGUUCGGAACGGUACUUCCGUUUUGCAUGCCGAUUUCUGAGCUUUUACCUGCGUCUUUACGCUUGUUUAAAAACGGACAGGCAUGUGAAACGCAGUCCUAAAUAAUCCACCAUUACUUCUAGUUAACUCACUACAUCACGAUGAAAACAAUUUUGAUAUGGCUGACUAUAGUUUGCCAUGUGAUGUACGAUGCCACCCGCCAAACUGGGUAAAUGAAGUUGAUUAUAUUUAAAAAAAAGGAUUUAGGUAUUAAAAGGAGGUUUUUUCAUCUUGUUUUCACAGGUUCCAUGUUUCAUUCCAUGUUUUCAGGCAGAUUUGACACAAAACCUGGCGAGGAUGGAUCUUACUUCAUCGACCGAGACGGAACACACUUCCGAUAUAUCUUAAAUUACCUUCGCACUGGGAAACUCGUCUUACCGGACGAUAAAGUCGUUCGCAUGGAGUUGUUGAACGAGGCAGAAUUCUAUCAAAUCGAUGGGAUACUCGAUGAGUUGAAAGCAAAUCCGUUUAAAGAUUCUGCAAUUCUCUCCUCAGAACAGCGUGAAAUCCUGGUAGAUUGGUUGAAGGACACACGCGAAAGCUUAGGCGACGAUUACGUGUUGUUAUACCGAGCUUCUCGCAAUGGAUGGGCCGCCUCUAACUUCCACUCCUGUUGUGAUAACAAAGGACCAACAGUUACAGUGAUCAAGUAUGGAAACUACAUAUUUGGAGGAUAUACUGAGCAGUCAUGGCAAUCGUCAGGUAAGAGACCUUUCUGUCAGCCCCAUUGAAUCAAACUCCUUUACUCCCCCCCCUCUCCCCCUUAUGAUAAAAUACUCCAUCCUAAUAUUCUGCUCUCAAAUUUGCUGUUUACUUUCCAUUUACAGGUUAAUUACAGAAGCAAGAAGUCUUUUGCUUGGGAACUUCUACCCUUUUUCUUCUUUUCUUUUUGGGAAAAUGUAAUGAUGAUUCUGCCAAAAUAUAAAAAAAAAACUUAAAUCAAUCAGAAAGUGAUUCUUUCACAAUCGAUCUAGCUCUACAAAAAACUCCCAAAUGAGAGCUUCCUGGUAUACAGCACAAACCUAAUCUUGAGAACCUUCUUAGUUAGCUUUCUGCUUUCACAACUUCAUUAAAAAUUAAUGGAAGAUUCAGCCAACCGCCCCCCUGCCCCCUCAUUUCUUGUACGGUGAGUCAGCUUGCUUACAUCUCUGAGUGAUAAACCCUUUUGACUGACAGUUCAAUGAAAAUGUCAGGUUUUAUAGGACUCCCUAAUACCAUGAAUAAUGCAUUGAUGUUUUUGCUGUUGUUGUAGCUGUAUUUUUACUUUGUGUUUUUGGUUGUUUUGUUUUGUCUUGUUUUGUUUUUGUUUUGUUUUGUUUAUUUUGUUUUUAUUUUCGUUUCAGAGGGACUUCUAUCUUAUGACAGGGUUGUUGUUUUUUUUUUUGUAUAUUUCAGCUAGGUGUUACCAUAGUCUUCGAUGAGAAACAUCUUUCUAGAGUUGAACACCAAGCCUCCUUUAUUUUAAGGAAGUGAACUUCUGUCUCAUCUAAAGUAAGCCAAGGGCAGAGUGAUUUUUUAGAGGUCGUGAUGCACUGACAUGAAAAUGAUAGCUCCAGCUACAAGCACAAGCGUUAAUUAUUGCCGUGACAAUUUCUUGUCCUGGUUUUGUCCCUAUUUGCUACCGAGAAUUGUUAUACAACCAAUCUAACUCAGUAAAUAUUUUUUACCAGAUACUGCACCGUACAAAAGAGCACCAGGUUCUUUCCUGUUCAGCCUUGUCAAUGCCAGUGGCUUGCCACCAACAAAGAUGCCUUUGAUAGAUGGUAAGGAAGGAAGUGCCAUCUACUGCCACAAUAGCCGUGGUCCAGUAUUUGGAGGUGGACAUGAUCUUUGCGUUCCAGAUUCUCCAAAUUCCUCCAACUGCUCCGUUAACCUUGGCAUUACAUACCGGUGCCCAGCAGGUCAGAAUGGUAACCUUUUUUUAACAGGAAGUCAACACUUCGUUGUGAAUGAAAUGGAAGUUUUUGUGUUCAAAAAUUAAAGGCAUCGUUGUCAAUUUUCUCUUCCUGAUGAGACUACAACAGAUAUUGUAAACAUCAGCUAAUGACUAAUUUCCUCUUAGUUAUGUUGUUGUUAGUGAAUUUUUUUUUUUAUACUAGAUUGGAGAAGUAAGAGGCUUUCAAAACCUUUUUGUGGAACUGAUCUGGCUUGUGAACAUUCGUUUCUUGCUUUUGAUUUUCAAGAAUUGUUUGCUAGUCAGUUAAGUGUGUUGUUGUUACUUGAGCAAGACUGAGUUAUUAAAAGAAACGUUUGCGACGACUGUUUCAGUAGAGGAUUGACAAACAUAAUCAAAACUAUAACAAAAUUCUCGAACAUGAUUGGUUGUCACCUGCCCGAUUUGAGCACUAACAGGACAGUGAACGCGCCAUGCUUGUAUUUGGACAGUGUAGUAGGACAAAUUAACGUCGUGUGCGCGCGCUGUUGCCGCGCAUUUCGCCUAGUUGAAAUUCAACUGCGCCCUGUUGUUGUUGUUGUUUUUUAGGUUAAUGAAAGUGUAUAACCUAUGUCAAGUUUCAAACUCAAAUUUUGUCAUUGUUUUGAUCGACGAAUCGGACUCCCCCUUUGCGUUUAUCCACUCAGUCAGUUGGACUCCACUCAGUCCUAUUACCAUUAUAGAUCGAAUGCGGAUUGUAUAUAUAUAUAUAAAGCUCGAUAGAAGUGCAAAAUAUACCUAACGCCCAUGACACUAGGAAGGGCACAAAUAUGUUUAGCGGUCCAGCAAAUGUUAGGCCUUCAGUUUGUAAAACAAAGCCCGGUCAAUAUCAAUAUCUGGGUAACUGCCCACCUACCCCUCCCCUAACUCAACAACAGUCAAUUGAUAACAACUUAGGGUUAAUGUUGGGUUAGGGGAGGGGUAGGUGGGCAGUUGCCCAGAUACUGAUAUUGAUCCCAAAGCUCCUAGAAAGUCGCUUUUAUUACCUUGAUGUAAAACAAUAAAGUGCUAAAAGGGCGCAUUAUCCCGAAAUAGGAAAAAAAAGUUUAAACUGUGUAGCUUCAUCAUAACAUAAAGAGAAGAAAAUUUCCUCGUAGGCAUCUAUCCUGAGUUAUGACCUGCUCAUCAGACAAAUUAUAUUCAUUUGAACGCAACAGCUUCCUUGUAGUAGCCUUGUCUCUCCUGCAUGGAAAUGUUAAUUUAUUACUUAGAGCACUGAUUUAUUUUAGAAAUUUUCUGGGCAAAGAUACCCCCACCAACGCGGCGGUACAGUUUCUUUAGAAAUUUAACCCCAUUACCCAAGGCAGAAUUUGGUUUAACCGUUCUGUCUCGAAGACACCAUAUUCCCACCACUAGCGUAGCUUAUUUUCUGCAUAUAAGCAAACACCCAACCCACAAUUCCUCCAAUCACUCUGACGAAGGGCUGAUGAUCGAAACGUUAGCUUUUAAACUCUCCACGGUGGCCAAUUUAUCUUAUCAACUCAGUUGAUAAUACUAAAUUACCCUGUAAUACUCUCCUACCGACGCAGCAAUUUCUUUAGAAAUUUUCCCCCUCUAUUCAUUUGUCUUGUGGACGUUAACCCAUGACUAUUCUCGUCGAACUAGGUCUUGAAAAAAACCGACAAAGGCGGUCAAGCGCGUAAUAUAAGCCCCAGGAAGCUGGCUCUGAAGAGGGAUUCAUUAAUUUUUUUUGAAAAAAGUUCACACAACAACUAAUUUUCGUAAAUCUUAUCGAUACCUCUGGACGCUCAGGGAUGCUUCAAACCAAUCUUUCGUGUCUUUUGACUGUUUCAAAGGCUUGUAUAAUAAAGUAGCAUGCGAAAUGAAGUGGACGAUAAAACACUUAUGAAUUCUCAUUUCACAGCAUGACUAAACAUCCAGUAGCCCACGUCUAACCGUACCCCCCCCCCCCCCACCCCAAGGUUAAAUGGAAGCAAGGGAACAUCCGCGCAAAACUGGCAUUAAUCGUUUUCCGUGACGUGACGUUACUCUUUUGCAAGAAAACAUAUAGCCGCUUUUUAUUGGUUAACCCCUUUUGCCGGUUCUUUUGUGAAUUCUGAUUGUCUAGGGUUGGUAAUUUAUUUUUUCACUCUUACGAACAAGAUGGUGCACAAAAGCUUGCAUGGUCAACUUCUUAGACAAAAGCGAUCUAUGACGAGGUUUUAAGGUAGUUUGUGUGACUCUUGGAUGGAAAAAUUUCAAGAAGAACAGCGGAAAGCCAUCGAUAUCUUUUUUGAAGGUAACGAUGUGUCUCUUUCGUUUCCAAAUGGCUUUGGAGAAUCUUUAAUAUAUCAAGCAGCGCCAGUAAUUCAUCGGCUUUCUUCUCUAAAAGAAACCGGUGACUAUAUUAUUUGUGCUGCCUGUUAAAGCUCUCAUAGAAGACCAGGUGCACUAUCUUAAUGAACUUGGGCCAGAGGAUCGUCCACCUUCAACUUUCGGUCUCUUUGCGAACAGUGCCGCGAUGCUAUGAAAUCUAGUUUGGUAAGCGCAAUGCUAAUCGAACAUCGUCCGCUCGUAAUCUUUUCCUAUAUUCUUGGAGCAAACUAAAGUAUUUAUUUGAACUCGGACGCUGAAUUGCAAAUUUACGCGAAAAAUGGAAAAUGAAUUCACUUCAAUGUUGUUGUUUAUCUCGAUAAACUUUCACGUUCCACUUCGCAAAAUGUAUCAUCAAGUUAUAUAAUUCUGCAUAGAUUAGAUUAGUGUCGGGUGACGUCACUUGACACGAUUAGUGUCGGGUUUUGAAAUGGACCUUCAAAACCUCGUGCAAUUUCCGAAAUUUCAAUGGUGAGUCACCAGUUGUUUGUUGGGAAAUUGAAAUACCGAGAAUUAAUCGAAAAAACCUCAGUGCAAUUUCCGAGAAAUAUGAAGAUACACAUAUUUUGAAGCUUUUGUUAAAUCCUGGAAUUUGUAUUCGACAGGCAGGCAGUGGGGCAGGGGCAGUUUGUUUUAUUAAGGUGUUGUGAGGGGAAGCGGGGAGGGUGAGUAAGGGUUUUAAACUAGCUUCAGUUCUCAUGUAAAUUUAUGGGGGUGCCAAGAUUUUUUAGAUUUUCUGAGGUUGAUACUCUUUAGAGCUUAAAGGAAUGUCAUGUUUUGUAAAAAAAAAAAAAAAAAAAAAAAAAAAAAAGGAAAAAAGAACCGUCAUCUCCUUCUAAGUUUCUGUUCCCCUUUAAAAUUAAGCGUUGUUCCUGUCGUCUUGGUUCUGUAGUGAGAUAACGUGGUGUAUUUGUAAUACGCAGUCACCUGGUAACCAUUAAAUCAAGAGCCAGUCCGCUUUCUAAAUUUGCCACUUCUAUCAUAAAUCGGUAUCUUAUGAUCAGUGGAAACCUUUUAAUAUGAUUUUGGGCCUUCUUCAUCAAUUUCAUCAUGAGGAUCAAUCAGAGUCUUCCUCAAUAACCUUGAGUAACCUUUUUGGAGCCACUCUUCAGAAACACUGUUAUAUUUCCAACCGGCCGGCCGCCAUCUUAAAAAAAUAAAUAAAUAAAUAAAAAAAAGAAAUAGACCGAUAAAAUCCUGGGUACGAUGUUGAUAUUUUCUCAUUUCAGGACCGGAAGUGAUAAGGUUUUGUGGCUUAUCAUUUUACGAAAUUUUUUUCUGAGGAUACGUUCUUUCGUCGAUCCAGGAAAAUCAGAGAACUAUCUAAACCACAAAAAUGUCAUACUUAGAGUAUUACAUCCUUUCUAUCUUUUGCACAACUCUACAUUAUUUUUAUUUAUUUACUCGUCAGGCCUUAACUCAACUGUUAUUUUAUCCUCUGUGCAUUUCUUUUGAAUUUAUCCAUUUCAUUCUAAUAGUGGGUUUCUUGCAUAGUGUAAGGUGUUUAGCGAAACGGUGGAAAUAUAGAAUCACAGUUAAAGAAAAUAUUCGACAUCUUUUAAAAACAUCUUUCGACAGUUCUACUGUCAUCUGUUCUGAUUUAUACAAAGUACAAAGUUGAAUUUAAAGUGUAUGACAAAUGCUCAUUGGACAAAACAGACAAUAGAACGAAACAAUGUAUACAAUUACAAUGAAAGUUUUAAAUUAAUAUGAUAACGUCGAUGAUUAAGUGUAGGUUGCUCCCAUUGAAUGUGAAUAGUUUUUUGGAAUUUAAGCACAGGUGGCCCAAGCUCACUUCUAGAGGAAAAGCAAACGAUUAUUCCAUGAAGGCGUCACGCUUUGCGUGACUCGGCUUAAGUCACGACAGGAACCGUUGAUAAUUUGACACAUUUUAAGGAAUAGUUUUUAAUGGAAUAGUAAUUUUCUCUCUACCACGAGUGAUACAAUACAUUAAUUUACAAUCAGACAGCGAGGUGAAAUUAAAACAGAUAAACAACUGACAAAUUUUGCAUAUUCUGUGGGAUUUGCUGUGAGCACUUAAGCUUGAAUUAUUUUCGCUGAAAAAGUGUCGACGGGGAAGAGAUGCGGUAAAAUUGACCGCGAAGCGAAUUCAUAAUAGGAAUACUCGGUACAAGCAACACUAGGAUCGUACACUGUUCAUGCUAUACCAGUGGAACAUGCCACAGAAACAUUUUUUCCAGCCGCCUGAAGAUUGCUUAUGAUUUCCCUUACAACAGUAGACCAGGAGCCAUUAAUGGGCUCCUGAGUAGACUUACCAGUUCUCCUUGGUCAGUCACUAAAAAAGUUAUGACCCGCAUCAUUUCACCGCAUUUUAAAAGAUAAAAAAACCAAAUUAAUACUUAUGUUAUUUCAAUAACACUUAGCAAAGUAGCGAACCCCUUUUUACGUGACAACAGAAAAAGGGCCAAUGUAAGGUAAUCUGAAAUAAAAGGUCAGCCUAGUGUCUGAAACGGAAACCGGGGAAUUGCAUUCAUUACGAGUCAGCGUAAUUAAUCAUCAACUUUAUCAUGUUAAUUUAAGACUUCCCUUGUAAUUGCAUACAUUUGUUUGUUGUUGUCUGUUUUGUCCAAUUAGCAUUUUGUCAUACACUUUAAAUUUAACUUUGCACUUUGUAUAAAUCAGAACUGAAGAUGACAGAAGAACUUUCGAAACAUGUUUUUAAAAGAGGUCGUAUAUUUUCUUAAAUUCGUGACAUAUUUGCUGCUAUCCAGACCUUUUGGCUGAAUCACAGUUAUUGAUAAUUAACGUUUUCCAAUAUCCAAUUAAUUUUCAUGCAUGGCGUGACUCGAAGUAAUUCAUGCAUGACGAAAUUGAUACACCAUAAAUUUCCGAGAAAUUAACUUACCGAGAAUCAAAGCAACGCGCAAAUUCUAAGAAUACACAAAAUAUCUCGGGAUUCUCAGAAAAAAAUUUUGAUUUUGAUACCCGUCCUUUUGUAUAACCCACCCAACUGAGUUAAGAUGUCGACGAAGUGUAACUCAAAGAAAGAUUUUCCAGGCGAUGAAGCUUUAGACAAAGUAAAUAAACACAUCAAAGACGCUUUCGACAUUCUGAAGCGUGAGACAAACAGGCUUCGCAAGGAGAGAAAUGCGUUUGAUGAGGUGGCAAAGAAGCUCGAGCAUGUUCAUUUCUCGUCGAUGCUGAAACUCAACGUCGGAGGCCAUUUUUUCUCCACAAGUUUGGCGACUAUGACUAAAGAUCCAGGUACCUUGAAGCAAGUUUUGAAUUUUGAACUAAGGAUUUAGAUCUCGCGGUUUGAUAUGCUGUACAAAGUACGCUUCCACUCAAUUGUUUAUCCAUAAAUUCAAAUCUUGUUGCAUCUGCAGCUGUUUAAGUAGUUGAGAGAAUCGAAUUCGAUUUAAAGUCCAUUGUUGAAAACGAUAUUUACAUUUUGCAGGCUGACUUCUGAGCUUACAGCUGCGUGUCUGUGCUUGUUUAAAAACGAACAGGCAAACGAACAGGCAUGUGGAACGUGGUCUUAAAGAAUUCGCCAUUACUUCUAAUUAACUGAAUACACCACACUUAAAAACCUUUUUGAUACGGUUGAAUGUAGCUUGCUUUGUGAUGUUCGAUGCCACACGCCAAAUUGGGUAAAUGUAGUUGAUUCUUUUUGAAAAAAAAAAGGAUUUAGGUAUUAAAAGGGUUUUUUCAUCUUGCUUUCACAGGUUCCAUGUUACAUGCCAUGUUUUCAGGCAGAUUUGACACAAAACCUGGCGAGGAUGGAUCUUACUUCAUCGACCGAGACGGAACACACUUCCGACAUAUCUUAAAUUAUCUUCGCACUGGGAAACUCGUGUUACCGAACGAUAAAGUCGUUCGCAAGGAGUUGUUAAGUGAGGCGGAAUUCUAUCAAAUCGAUGGGAUACUCGAUGAGUUGAAAGCAAAGCCGUUUAAAGAUUCUGCAGUUCUCUCUUCAGAACAGCGCGAAACCCUGGUGGACUGGUUGAAGGACACUCGCGAAAGCUUAGGUGACGAUUACGUGUUGUUAUACCGAGCUUCUCGCGAUGGAUGGAGCGCCUCUAACUUCCACUCCUGUUGUGAUAACAAAGGACCAACAGUCACAGUGAUAAAGAGCGGAAAUUACAUAUUUGGAGGAUAUACCGAGCAGCCAUGGCAAUCGUCAAGUAAGAGGCCUUCCUGUGAGACCUAUCAAACUUCUGUACUUCCCAGCCCCCCCCCCCCUCUCCUAAUAUUUUGGGCUUAAAGUUGCUGUGUAGUUUCCUUUUACAAGUUAUUUACAGAAGCAAGAGGUGUUUUGCUUAGGAAUGAUGAUGAUUCUGCUAAAGAAAAAAAUCUUAAAUCAGUCAGAAAGUGCUACCUUUAUAAUCGAUUUAGUUCUACAAAAAACUCCCAAAUGAGAGCUUCCUGGCAUACAGCUCGAACCAUCGCUGUUUUUACUGUUGAUGUUGCAAUUGUGUAUUUAUUUUGUUUUUGUUUGUUUUUUGUUUGUUUGUUUUUUGUUUGUUUUUUUUGUUUAAUUUUUACCUUUUUUUUUCAUUUGAGAACGACUUUUAUCGUAUGGCAGGGAUGCUACUUGUAUAGUUUUUAACUAGGUGUUAUCAUUUUUUUUAACUCAUAUAGUCAAACCAGACUUUGUCCUGGUUUUGUCCCCAUUUGCUAUUGAGAAUUGUAUUAAAACCAAACUAACUCAGUAAAUAUUUUCUGUUAGAUACUGGAUUGUACAAAACAGCACCAGGUUCUUUCCUGUUCAGUCUUGUCAAUGCCAGUGGCUUGCCACCAACAAAGUUGCCUUUGAUAGAUGGUAUGGAUGGAAAAGCCAUCUUUUGCUACAGGAACAAUGGCCCAGUAUUUGGAGGUGGAAAUGACCUUAAUAUUUGCUGCUCUUCAAAUUCUGACAACUGCUCUGUUAGCCUUGGCAAUUCAUACCAGUGCCCAGUAGGUCAGAAUGGUUACUAUUUUUUAACAGGAAGUCAAGACUUCACUGUGAAUGAAAUGGAAGUGUUUGUGUUCCAAAAUUAA